GCUGUUCGGGUACUGUAUGUCGUGUUGUAGUACCGUACUCAUCUAUACAGUACGACAUCGCGGUACUGUCGCGGCAUGACUUGUCGUCAUUCGUAAAAUUUAAAAACCGAAUGUUUGUUGUGUACUUGUUAAUAAACUAAAUGUGUAAUAGUACUUUGUGUAUUAAUCACUGAGAUUUAAACAAUAACAAAAUGUUUGUGUAAAUGACGUGGAAAUAGACUGUUAUUUGUUGUUUGUUGUGAUGUGACUAUGCAUUGGAAAGUGGUGUUAGUUUUGGUUACAGUAGUUUAUAAGAAGUACUGUUACGGAUCCAAGAUCCAGCCCAUUGGAUUAAAUACGAAUUUCAGUGAUGAUUGUGACGCCGAACCUGACUGCCUUCGCUGCGGCCUGAAAGGCUGCAUCAAGUGCCCCAAUCUCAUCGUCUACCCCACCAGAAAGUGCGUAGAAGCCUGCCCCUUCGGCUACGAGUCCUCUUGGAGCAGCAAACCCGACUUUAUGGGCCUAGUCUGCAGCCACAACGGCAAUUUCCUCGGCAUGUCCGCCUACAGUCUCACCGUCUUCGUCGGAAUCGUAUCCGGUUUCCUAUUAUCAUUCAUCGCCUUGUCCAUCGCUGUCUUUUACGUGAAGUACCGCAGAAAAAACUUCCCUCAAAUCAGCGAUACUACCUCUGAAACAGACGAUACACCUGAGAAGAGGGAUUUCCUCAAGCAGCUGGAGACUUUGAGGCCCUACGCCCAGAGCUACUUGGACAUGCUGAACGACACUAGGCUGCAAAUCAGACAGUUGCAUCAAGACGGAGAUAGCAGUGCUAUUUCCGCUUACAAACCUGUAGUGCGGGACUUGGCAAAAAUAUUACUUCUUCUAAACAGAAACGUAGAUAGCAUAUACAUGCCUGACGAUUGGGAACAUUUGUUCAGUUGGGCAGAAAAAGCAUUGAAACGUUACAAACGUAUGAGCGACACCUCACAGCCUCAAGUCGCUCAAUUGAUCGACUUUUUCCAAUCCUCGAGCGAUCCAGAAGAGCCAGAAUACUCAGUGAGGGGUAGUACGACAAUGAGUACAUUCAAACCAUUCGGAUCGUCGCCCAGUUUACAGAAUGUCAGUGGGAAGACUAUCAAUGGAGACUUUGAGAGUUACCAGACACCGCUGAAUCCUGAGUGGAAGUUUGAGUAUUCACCAAUAGGGAACUCAUCUGAAUUUGAUCCAGUAGCUUGGAAAAGCAGCAGAGACUUUUUGGGUGGACCAUUGUUUCUGGAAGAUGAUUUUUACCAGCUGGGUCUCAGGCCGCAGGAUGAGAUUACCACCGAAUUGGCCCAGAGCUACUUGGACAUGCUGAACGACACUAGACUGCAAAUGAGACAGUUGCAUCAAGACGGAGAUAGCAGUGCUAUUUCCGCUUACGAACCGGUAGUACGGGACUUGGCAAAGAUAUUACUUCUUCUAAACAGAAACAUAGAUAGUAUAUACAUGCCUGAUGAUUGGGAACAUUUAUUUAGUUGGGCAGAAAAAGCACUGAAGCGUUACAAACGUAUGAGCGACACUUCACAACCCGAAGUCGCUCAGUUGAUCGACUUUUUCCAGUCCUCGAGCGAUCCAGAAGAGCCAGAAUACUCAGUGAGAGGUAGUACUACAAUGAGUACAUUCAAACCGUUCGGAUCGUCGCCCAGUUUACAGAAUGUCAGUGGGAAGACUAUCAAUGGAGACUCUGAGAGUUACCAGACACCGCUGAAUCCUGAGUGGAAGUUUGAGUAUUUACCAAUAGGGAACUCAUCUGAAUUUGAUCCAGUAGCUUGGAAAAGCAGCAGAGACUUUUUUGGUAAUACAAGAAGAAAGGCCGUGACUCUGUGUGAGUGCAGACCAAAAUUGGAAAUGAUAAAAGAUAUCCUCCUAUCAUAUUUUCCAGUGUAUUACAAAAACCUAAUUCGUGCUGCCAAUAUUCCAGAAUAUUGUUUCUUUUCCAAUAAUUCUGUUGUUAGAAUAAGUCUUCUUAUCCCCCAUCGCCUUGUCUAUCGCUGUCAUUUAAUGUUAAGUGUCGCAGGAAAAACUUCCCUCAGAUCACUGAUACCACCUCUGAAACAGAUGCGCUGGAAUCCAGAAGAGCCAGAAUACUCAGUGAGGGGUAGUACGACAAUGAGUACAUUCAAACCAUUCGGAUCGUCGCCCAGUUUACAGAAUGUCAGUGGGAAGACUAUCAAUGGAGACUUUGAGAGUUACCAGACACCGCUGAAUCCUGAGUGGAAGUUUGAGUAUUCACCAAUAGGGAACUCAUCUGAAUUUGAUCCAGUAGCUUGGAAAAGCAGCAGAGACUUUUUGGGUGGACCAUUGUUUCUGGAAGAUGAUUUUUACCAGCUGGGUCUCAGGCCGCAGGAUGAGAUUACCACCGAAUUGUGACAAAAGACUUUUGAAAUAGAGAAUAGCCAGUGGUAAUACAAGAAGAAAGGCCGUGACUCUGUGUGAGUGCAGACCGAAAUUGGAAAUGAUAAAAGAUAUCCUCCUAUCAUAUUUUCCAGUGUAUUACAAAAACCUAAUUCGUGUUGCCAAUAUUCCAGGUAACAAAUAUUUUGACAAAACAACUGUAAACUUAAAGAUUUACGUGAAGAAUGAUAAAAUAUUACAGAAAAUCAAAUCUUUUAAUGUAAGAGAAGUGGCAUCAGUACUACUUUUAAAACAAUAGUACAAGUUUUGGUAAAAAUAUUGUUUCUUUUCCAAUAAUUCUGUUGUUAGAAUAAGUCUUCUUAUCACCCAUCGCCUUGUCUAUCGCUGUCAUUUAAUGUUAAGUGUCGCAGGCAAAACUUCCCCCGGAUCACUGAUACCGCUUUUGAAACAGAUGAUAACACCAGAGAAGCGGAAUUUCCCCAAACAGUUGGAGACUUUGAGACCCUACCCCCAGAGCUACUUGGACAUGGUGAACAAAGCUAGACUGCAAAUCUGACAGUUGCAUCAAGACGGUGAUACAAGUGCUAUUUCCACUUACAAACUGGUGGUAAGGGACUUAGCAAGAAUCUUACUUCUUCUUAACAGACACAUACAUAUAUAGCGUAUAUAUGCCUCAUGAUAGGGAACAUUUAUUUUGUUGGGCAGAAAAAGCACUGAAGCGCUACAAGCGUAUGAGCGACACAUCAUAACCCCAAGUCGCUCAAUUGAUCGACUUUUUCCAGUCCUCGAGCAAUCUAGAAGAGCCAGAAUACUCAGUGAGAGGUAGUACUAGAAUGAGUAACUCAUCAGAAUUCGAUCAUGUAGCUUGGAAAAGCAGCAGAAUUUUUUUGAGAGGGCUAUUGUUUUUGAAAGAUAAUUUUCAUCGACUGGGUCUAAGGCCUAAGGCCGCGGAAUGAGAUUACCAACGAAUUGUGACAAAAGACUUUUGUAAGAGGAAAUAUACUGUUAAGUUUCACAUAAACACCAUUAAUAUGAGGAUAAAAAUUGAAAUUUUAGAUGUUAUUACAUACCACAAAAAUAAGAAAUGUAAACAGAUAUUUCCCUACUAUGUUUUGAAGUAUAUUAUAACAUCUGGCUUCAUGAAAACAAAAAUUUUCCUCAAAAAAUAAUUAAGGAUUUUCCUAACCAUACAUUAAACUAAUGCUUGAACAUUUUGACGUAUUUCUUGCAAACCAAACCAUCAGAAGCAAUCAUUACUGUCAUCAGUAAACGAUUAAACUGAAGUGACUUAGGUCAUCUGCAUUCAGAGUUACAAAUCGUUUCAGUAUAGUGUAUUAAUUUUUGUAAGUUUAUGGAAAUUCUUAAAGCCUUUGGUGUUAAAAGGCUUUAAGAAUAUCCAAACAAAAAUUAAAUAUAUACAAAUUUAUAUGUUUUGUAUAAAAAAUUGUAAAUCAAAAUUUAUUUAAGACUUUCAAGUACUAAAUACACUGUUUUGAAAAUAUUUGGAUCAAAUUCGUAAAUGAGAAUCUCUUUAACACCAUAUGGCGUAAAAAACGCUACCAAUAUGCUAUGAGUACGCACAUCAGCUGUUUUAGACAUAUUGUGUAUAUACUAGAAAUUUAUAUUCUUUUCGCAGUAUACUUCUAAAUAUUCGACAAACAGAAAAGAAGCACUCAACCAAUACUAACAUUAAUUACGCUGGAAAAUAAUAUUUGCCUUUAGGGACCCCAUAAAAUUAGAUAUCUGUAUUUGUUUGCUUGGUUAUUAGCAUAUUUUAUGCGGCAGGAACAUAUAACUGUGAACGAGCCUUUAAAACAUCUUAUAUAUGUGUAUACAAGGUGUUCCUGGCUGAUCUUCCAUUAGAAAUUAGUAGAAAUCUACGGAUCGGAUAUUUUUUUAUCAAAAAUAACAUUAUAUCAAAAUCUAUACUGCGUGGUUUGUAAAAUAUUACCAUUUCUAGACUAAAUUUAAAAUGUCUAGACCUGGUUGUACUCAGCCUUUAUCAGAACUCACCAGCUGACUUUGGUAAAUCUCUUAAAAAAAUAUUCAUUGGUGUUCUCUUCUGUACAGGGUGCCGCCUCUCAUACGCCGCAGAGGCUCCAAGGAGAAUGACAGUUUGUAUUGAAAUGAAAUUUUCUGAGCAUAUGUAGGUUAAUGCAGAACACUUUUUAAAAAUAUAGAGAG